CACUGGUCGCGUCCGCUAGCUCACUUCCGUUGGCAGUGGAAGAUGGCGGCGGUGCCUGUGCGAAAUUCUGCGUCUUUGCUGUCAACGUUCAGCAAACGGUUCUUCCGACCGGAGCUCAACGCGCUCUGCUCCUAUCACAAAAAGGUGGUGGACCAUUAUGAAAACCCGAGGAACGUGGGCUCUCUGGACAAGAACAAGAAGGACGUGGGGACCGGGCUGGUGGGUGCACCAGCCUGCGGGGAUGUUAUGAAACUGCAGAUCCAGGUGGACGGAAACGGCAAGAUAGUGGAUGCGAAGUUCAAGACGUUUGGCUGCGGAUCGGCCAUCGCGUCCAGCUCUCUGGCCACAGAGUGGGUGAAGGGGAAGUCGAUCGACGAGGCGCUCCAGAUUAAGAACACAGACAUCGCCAAAGAACUCAGCCUUCCUCCCGUCAAGCUUCACUGUUCCAUGCUCGCGGAAGACGCCAUAAAAGCAGCGCUGUCAGACUACAGACUAAAGCAGGAGGACAAGAAAAACCAAAGUGCCAACACCAGCAGUUAAGAAAGCUGUGUCACCAACCAUGACGAGACAUUUAUUGACAUCAGAACAACCGACAUCUUUCAGCCGGGCCGCGUGGAGAUGAGUGGUUCUGAGUGGUUCUGGGUCUCCAGGGAGCGUCGUUAAGGUUCUGCUGCCUCAAAGCUCAAAGCGUCUGUUCAUUCGUUUGGGUUCAAAUGAUCCGAAGCGCUGAUGAUUUAUUUUUCUGCUCUGCAGUGAUUGUUGUUGUUUUUUUUCUGCACAGAACAAGGAGAUGCUCAAUAAAGCAGAAGCAAACAGA